GCAAAUUCCCCUCGUAUCAUCUCGGUCGGACCUCGUACGCCACACACACUCGGGGGCUCGAACCGCUGAAUGCCUGCUUCUCGGAUGCACUGCCUCGCCUGCAGCAUGCCCGCCACGGCGGCCGCUGCACGUGCUCCGGCCAGGCGCUUCGGCCGCCGGAGGGUAGUUAUCGACUGCGCUGCCUCCGUAGACCGCGACGGCGAAGGACCGCCUCCGAGAUUAAGGGAAACGUGUGAACUUGGUGAAAUCUCAGGCAAAACUGUAUUAUUGACCGUGUCAAAGAGGAAGAUUAUUGCAUUUUCAGCCUUAUGCUUUUGCUUACAUUCUUCAAGGUACUUCUCAGCACUUGCGUUGGGUGAUCCAUCUGUCAAAAUUGAGGAUGUAACUCCUAAGAUCUUUCCAUCUGGCCCAUUAUUUCCAACUGAGAAACGAAUUGCAGAGCUUUUUGAAACAAAUACUUACUCAGUUGUCAACAUUUUUGAUGCGACGCUGCGCCCCCAGCUCAAUGUAACUGGCGUUGUUGAGAUCCCUGAAGGAAAUGGUUCUGGAGUAGUUUGGGAUGAGUCUGGACAUAUUGUUACAAAUUAUCAUGUGGUUGGCAAUGCUCUUUCUAAAAAUCCAAAUCUUGGUGAAGUUGUUGCACGUGUCAACAUCCUUGCUGCCGAAGGGAUACAGAAAAAUUUCGAAGGAAAAUUGGUUGGUGCAGACCGGUCUAAAGAUCUUGCUGUUCUUCAGGUGGACGCCCCUUCAGAUCUCUUGAAGCCAAUUAUUGUUGGACAGUCCUCGGCUCUAAAAGUUGGUCAGCAAUGCUUAGCGAUUGGAAACCCUUUUGGUUUUGACCAUACGCUGACUGUUGGUGUUAUCAGUGGUUUAAAUCGAGAUAUUUUUAGUCAAGCCGGAGUGACUAUUGGAGGUGGAAUUCAAACAGAUGCAGCCAUUAACCCCGGGAACAGUGGUGGUCCUUUGCUAGAUUCGAAAGGGCAUAUGAUUGGUAUUAAUACAGCAAUUUUUACACAGACAGGAACGUCCGCCGGUGUUGGUUUUGCUAUCCAAUCAUCAACUAUACUUAAAAUAAUUCCUCAGUUAAUUCAGUCUGGAAAGGUUCGUCGUGCUGGAUUGAAUGUGGAAUUCGCACCAGAUCCGAUUGCAUACCAACUUAAUGUUCGCGACGGUGCUCUUGUACUGAAGGUUCCAGCGGGCAGUGCGGUGGCCAAAGCUGGUCUAGUUCCUACCAGCAGGGGUUUUGCUGGUAAAAUUGUUCUUGGUGAUGUCAUCGUCGCGGUGGAUAGCAAACCUAUCAAAGGCAAGUCUGACCUCCUGAGGGUUCUAGAUGAUUACCGUGUUGGAGACACGGUGACCUUGACAAUCAGAAGAGCUUCCAAAACUAUUCCGCUAACCUUGUCGUUGGAAGAGGCAAGCAUUUGAUUUGAUGUGUCAUUUGAUUUGAUUUGUCCCUAAAGAUCCCAUUCCAAAUCUACAAUCUGCUCGAACCUCCUCCUGGAUUUUUUUUAUCAAUUGGAAUUUCUCCAAACCAUUUGCGUUGGUAAGAAGAUCGUGCCAUGUGGUAUGUUGCGAGCA